UUAGAGUUUUGAUGCGGUGAAAAUCCGCGGGAAGUUCGGGGUCAGCACAGGUCAAGUUUCCCCAGGCCAUCGUUUUCCUGAACUGAGAAGAAGUCUUUGUCUAAAAACGUACGAUUUAGGCCCAAAAAAGCACCGUUCCCAGCCACGAAGCACUUAAACCACUUAUAAACCGGACAGAGAAUAGUAAGAUCAGUACCCUGACCAUGAGUGGGCCAGGAGACCAGCCCCCCUCCCCCGUGCCCGGCCCCAGUAGUGACAGCGCCGCCCCCAGCAGCAGUGUGAGCGUGGAGCCGUCCCCGCUGGCCGUGUUCCUGGAGUGGAAGAAACGCGUCAAGUCGGAGUACAUGAGGCUCCGGCAGCUCAAGAGGUUCCGCAGGGCAGACGAGGUCAAGAUGGUGUGGGGAGCCAACCGAGGGAACGUGGACAUGAUCCUGCGUCGUCAGGCAGACAUGUUGGAGGAGAAGCCCCUUCAGCAGCUCAGCAGUCCGGCUAUGUUUGACCACAGCCCCAUCACUCGACAGGUCGUGGUUGAGUUUGGCCAUGGUGAUGAGCCCAAACAGACGACAGUACUGAAGGUGAUGAACUCUGUCCCCUCCAUCCCUGUCAUGUACACAUGGGUGCCACUACAGCAGAACUACAUGGUUGAGGAUGAAACUGUGCUACACAACAUUCCAUACAUGGGAGAUGAAGUUCUGGACCAAGACGGGUCCUUCAUCGAGGAACUAAUUAAGAACUAUGAUGGCAAGGUACAUGGGGAGAGAGAGGGUGGUUUCAUCAAUGACGAGAUCUUUGUGGAGCUUGUGAGAAACCUGUCUGAGUUAGAAGCACCAAAGUCUUCCUCCAGCUCAGAAGCAGAGAAGGCAGACAGCCAGAGUACUCGAGACAACGAGGAUGCUUCAGAAGACACACCUGAUGAUACAGCUGACUCUCUAAAGGAUGUAUCUGGCACAGACCCAGGUUCUCGGAAGCGGUUCCCCUGUGAUCAGAUCUUCGAGGCCAUCUCCUCCAUGUUUCCUGACAAGGGCUCAGCAGAGGAGCUUAGGGAAAAAUACAAGGAGCUGAUAGAGCAGCAGGAUCCAACUAUCCUGCCACCAGAGUGCACGCCAAACGUGGACGGACCGAAUGCUCAGUCUGUCUCCCGUGAACAGAGCCUGCACUCCUUCCACACGCUGUUCUGUCGGCGCUGCUACAAGUACGACUGCUUCCUGCACCCCUACCACCCCACCCCCAGCCAGAUCAAGCGCAAGAACGCCGACGCUAACAAAGAAGUGACAGAACCAUGUGGCUCCGAGUGUUUCGUGCACCUAAUAGAGAAGGAUGGCAAGCCAGACCCUGUACCCAGCCCAUCCAGGAGUAAGAAGAAGGGGAGAUUUGGAGGAGUAGGAGGGAAGGUGAAGUCUUCAGAGUCUGAGAGCAGCAGUAAGAAGGAGGGAGAGGGGGAUGAGGGAAGUAUGGAGGAUGACUGCAGCUCCAUGAGCCAGCCAGAGUCUACCUCAGCACAGGACGUGGCUUCACCAACUCAAGACGCUGCCACCCCCACACCCCCGCAGCCGGUGCCUCUCCCGGACGGCUGGAACGGUGCAGAUGCCUCCCUGUUCCGUGUGCUGAGGGCUGUCUACUUCAACAACUACUGCAGCAUCGCACAGCUCAUAGGGACCAAGACAUGCAGACAGGUAUAUGAGUUUGCACAGUGGGAAGGAUCCACUGAUGACCUCUUAGCAGAAAAGAACACAACGCCCCCUAGGAAGAAGAAAAGGAAACACAGGUUGUGGGCAGCACACUGUCGUAAGAUACAGCUAAAGAAAGACAGCUCAUCCAGCCAUGUGUAUAACUACCAGCCGUGUGACCACCCCGGCCAGCCCUGCGACUCCUCCUGUCCCUGUAUCAUGUGUCAGAACUUCUGUGAAAAGUUCUGCCAGUGCAGUCUGGACUGCCAGAACCGGUUCCCCGGCUGCCGGUGUAAGGCCCAGUGUAACACUAAGCAGUGCCCCUGUUACCUGGCUGUGAGGGAGUGUGACCCGGACCUCUGUCUCACAUGUGGGGCUUCCUCUGAGCUAUUCCCUGUUACAGCUGACUUCAGCAGUAAUGACAAAAUCUCCUGCAAGAACGUCAGCAUCCAGAGGGGACUGAGGAAGCACCUCCUCCUGGCUCCCUCUGACGUUGCAGGCUGGGGGAUUUUCCUCAAGACAUCAGCUCAGAAGAAUGAGUUCAUAUCAGAGUACUGUGGGGAGAUCAUCUCACAAGAUGAGGCUGACAGACGUGGGAAGGUUUACGACAAGUACAUGUGCAGUUUUCUCUUUAACUUAAACAAUGAUUUUGUGGUGGAUGCAACAAGAAAGGGUAACAAGAUACGGUUUGCCAACCACUCUGUCAACCCAAACUGUUACGCUAAAGUUAUGAUGGUGAACGGUGACCACCGCAUUGGGAUCUUUGCCAAACGACCCAUCCAGCCUGGGGAGGAACUGUUCUUCGACUACAGGUACAGCCAGAAUGAUGCCAUGAAGUAUGUGGGCAUAGAGAGGGAACUGGAAGUGGCAUGAGGAGUUAUUCAACAUCACAAUAAAACAUCCUGCUUUGUAGAUGUUGUGAAACUUGAGCAGCUCCAAAGUAAAGUAAAGUGGCCUAAGGCUUUCUUUUUAGAUAGAAUAUUAUCAAAGCAUUCCAAAAAGAUGAUCUUGUUGUUCUUGCAGUAUUGUAAUAAUAUGAUUAUGCGCUGAAAUUAUGACAAAAAAGAUGACAACAUUGGAUUGGAUCAAGUCAUAUUGUCAUUAUCAGAAUUUUGUAGCAUCCAUAACCUUAUACUGAUAGUGCCAUCUCUAGAUGUAAAGAUUAAUUGUACUGGUACAUUUAGUGUGCAAUGUGUAUGCUUGUUUAUAAUUAUCAACCAGCUAUUCAUUUCAAAGGGAAGGAAUAAAGAAUCAACUAGCAAA